CUCUAAAAUCAGUAUUUUUCUACUGCAAUUACUUGGCCAUGUUAAUUAUACCAAUGCCCCAUGGCAACAACAGCAGCAUCUUCUUCAAUUCUUCAACCGGAGCAGCAACAACAAGCAAGUGCAGGAGACAGUACUGUGCCAACAAGCUCUAGCACUUGGCAAUCCUCGGGAUCUAUUGGCCCGUUCUUCGCUGUGAUCACGGUGCUUACGGUUCUGGCGGUGCUAUCUUGCUAUUUGGGUCGCUUGUGGAAUCGAAGGGCACCAACCCCAUUGGAGAGUAUCAAAGGUAGGGGCUGUUUUGGAUGGGUGAAGCGCCGGUGUGGCAGAUUUAUAGCCUGCAGAGAUGUUGAGGUUGGGGGCGUUGGGGCCAAAGUUAUGGUUUGUGAUGAAGAAGAAAGUGAUUGCAAGGUUAAAGAUGGUGAUGUUUCUCAUCACAUAACCUGCCCCAAGUUUGAUUUUGUAGAAUUGGUUACUAAUUAACUACUUUGCCUUUGAAGAAUCUAUAUGUUUUGCUAGCAGCUAGUUUUCAUUCCAGGCAUCAGGCAUGCAUUUGAUAUCCGUUAUAUGUUUGCUAAUUUGCUAUAUAUGUAUUAUAUAAAUAAUUUACAUUGUAACAGUUUAUUUUA